UUGCUGACGCGCAUUUAGCCCCACCACCCUGGAGAGAGAUGCUGCGAGGGAGCGAAGGGGCUGGGAACCGGUCACUCUAUCUCUCUCUUUCUUGAUCGAAUGUGAAGAAAGCAAGUCCUGCGGCAAAACGAGCGAAAUUCCACCGAUACCAGGAGAGGCAUCCCGGCUCUGUUGUAGAAAUGGAGGUUCCAAGAUUGGGACACAACUUAACCAGCCCGAUGAGUCCGUGUGAGGGCAUGAUAAAGAACCUCAGCUUGGACGGUAUACAGUUAUGCGAGCGAGAGGGUAAUAAAUCCCAGGACAGCGGCAUCGUAGAGAUGGAGGAGCUUCCUGUCCCUCAGAACAUCAAGAUCAGCAACAUCACAUGUGACUCUUUCAAGAUUUGCUGGGACAUGGAGCCCCGUGUCAAGGAGCGCAUCACUCACUACUUCAUUGACCUCAAUAAGAAGGAGAACAAGAACUCCAACAAGUUCAAACACAAGGAUGUCCCCACUAAGCUGGUGGCGAAGGCGGUUCCUCUGCCCAUGACGGUGAGGGGUCACUGGUUCCUCAGCCCGCGCACAGAGUACACUGUGGCCGUCCAGACAGCUUCCAAACAGACUGACGGAGACUACGCUGUGUCAGAGUGGAGCGAGAUCAUAGAGUUCACCACUGCCGAUUAUUCCACAGUACAUCUAACCCAACUGCUGGAGAAGGCUGAGGUCAUCGCAGGGAGGAUGCUGCGCUUCUCUGUGUUCUACAGGAACCAGAACAAAGAGUACUUUGACCAGGCCAGGGAGGUGCAUGGGAACCGCAUGCUGCCAGCUGUGAAGGACAACAGUGGAAGCCACGGCUCACCUAUCAGCGGAAAGCUGGAGGGCCUCUACUUCAGCUGCAACACAGAGUUCAACACAGGCAAGCCCCCCCAGGACUCCCCCUACGGCCGCACACGCUUUGAGAUCCAGGCUGAGACCCUGUUCAACCCCAAGACUAAUCUCUACUUUGGGGACUUCUACUGCAUGUAUACAGCCUACCACUACGUCAUACUGGUGCUGGCACCUCAGGGCUCGCCCGGCGAUGACUUCUGUAAGGCAAGGCUGCAAGCGCUCGACGUCACCAACAACCACUUCCUGACGUGCACGUUGGACGAGGACGGGGCAUUGGUGUUCCGGCACGCCCAGGAUGUGAUCCUGGAGGUGAUUUACACGGAGCCCGUCGACCUGGCGCUGGGCACGGUGGCAGAGAUCAGCGGGCACCAGCUUAUGAGCCUUUCUACUGUCAACGCCAAGAAGGACCCCAGCUGCAAGACCUGCAACAUCAGCGUGGGACGCUAGUGGGAGACUGGACUGGACCUGUGCUACACACACACAUGUAACCCCAACCUUUACACACCUCUAUAUCCACAAAGAACCACCCUCCCAAAAGAAGAACAGUGCAAAAGAGGGACCCAGACUGUGAAAGAAAUGUAACAACAGGGUGCGGUGCUAGAAUUCACAAUCCAAUAGCAUACACACACACACACACACACACACACACACACACACACACACACACACACACACACACACACACACACACACACACACACACACACACAUACACAUACACAUACACAUACACAUACACAUAAACAAAACACAUCAUCCAUAACCCUUUACAUCCUCAAAGGACCACCCUCCCAAAAGUGUGGAACUCUAUUCCAGCCUCCCGUCAACCCCAUGAGAAGAGAAACAAUGCAAAAGAGGGAGGAGCCCCAACUGAAAGAUCUACAGCUUAAGUGUGGGACCCUAACAACCCUUUGUCAGCAUCAUCCAAACCGGCUAGCCAACACUGGUCAAUUAACUGACUGAUCCCUUUAAAUGUUCUAACCAAACGUUCAUUGUUGCCUGCAUUUAUUCACACAGCUUUUCUCAUAGAUUUUCCCUCCUGUUGUUUUUCAAACAUCUCCUUCUCCCUUUGACCUUUUCUGUUCACUUCAGUCCAGGUAGACAGGUGGUUGUGUUCCUCUUUUUCUGUCUCUUCUGGAAGGUGUUAGUUUGGUUUCAAAUCAAACAGAUCCAAGUUACUCCAUACCUCCCUCUAUUGGCAGAGACUGGUACUAAUUUAGGGCUGCAGUGUCAUCAUCUUUAUGCCAAAGGUAACACAAAUGGAAAUAACUUGCUGUAGAAUAACAAUACUAAUGCAACAGGCACUAAAAAGCAAAUUAACUCUGAGAUCAACUUGGUAACUACUACUUGGUAGCCUUUAAGAGCAUGAUGCUGUCAACUGAAAUGUUAUGUUUUAUUUAUUCUAGUUAUAAGGAAACCAUAAACUGUGUUUAGCAAAGUAAAUGUGAAAAUAUUUAUUUUUUACUGAUAUAUAUAGAAACCAGAAGUGCACAAUGUCAAGAGAUCUGAUCAUAGUAAAGAUGGGCAUUUUGGAAUGAAAAACACAUUUGGCUGCAGGAGUAACUUUCCCUAUGCCAACAAUCACACAUUUUUUUCAAGGUAAUGUAUAACUUGAAUUGCCACAAUGCAUCAUGUCAACUAUUAACUAAAACAUAUCAUAGUACAAUGUGGGACUGAAAACGGAUUGACAUACACAAACAUUCUACAGGAUUGUCGGAUUGUAUAUUUGGAUGACAUAUCCUCCUUGCCAAGAUUGCACUUUUCAAAGUGCCACAUUUGAACAUAGUACACCACCUGUUAUACUGAGAAUAGUUUUGCGAGAAGAAAAUGCAAGUAACAAUAGUGUCAUAAAAUAGCUUAGAAAUUGAUAACAUGUAUCUAACAUCAACCGUGUUAUAUUUGUUCUCUUUGUUUCCUUAAAAUUAAACUGUUACACUCGCUACAUCAGUUGCAUAAAAUAUUAUAAUUCCAUCAGUUGCAUAAAAUAUCAUUCGUUAUCAUAAAUAACAAAGUACUUGUUAAGGGACAAAAAAUUGCUGGAUGUCGCCCAGCAACUCUUGAAUCAUCUUGCCAUCACUCUUAACCAAAGUGAGAGUCAGUCAACAUCAAAGUAAUUUAAAGUGCAUCACCAUGUAACCAUGGCAUGAAACAUGACAAGAAGUACCGGUAUUUCACUUUGAAAAUUGUUCUGAAAAUAAAGGUCCUAUAAAUGAGUAAAAAAGUGUUUCAAAAUAAAAGUCCCACUGUGAAGGAGGCUUAGACAGUCUUGUAAGUAUCCUGUUUACUGAGCAGGGCUUCCAGUAAGUGGAGUUUAGCUUUUAGGUUCUUGUACUCGCAGUACUCCUCUGCCAUGGGCCCGCGGUCCUCUUUCUGGGCAUUCCUUUAAAGAUGAGGAAGAGAAACAUACUAACUUAACAUUUUAGACAAGCUGCAGCUUCCUUUACUGGUAUAGUCCUUGUGUUGCCUUAUUCAGAUAACAUUGUACAGUAAGUAUUGUAAUUAAAGCAUUGUAUUUUAGGGCUCUAUUCAAUCUGCAUCAUGAAAAUUCAGCUUUACAGCGUGAUUGAAAUUUAAAGGAAAUGUUCCCGCUUAAGUGGAGAAUGCAUUCAUGGUAAACGCUGCUUAUGUCGGCUCAAUCGGAAAUGACCUUUACAUUUCUAUUGGGGAAUCUGUAAUGCUUCAGUGUUACAGAUUGAAUAGAGCCCUACUUAAAAAAACAGCUACAUGUACAAAAUAUGUGUAUACUGUAGUUCAGAGCAGUUGUCUAUCUCUCCGUCUCUCUCCUGAGUACUUCAAUGUGUCGUAUUAACGUGAGUGUGCAUCACGCUGUUGUAUCAUUCUGCUGAAUUCUUUUGGUGGAUGUUUUAUUUUAUUUUUCACAAGGCAUUGUUGAACUAUGGAUACCAAAUGUUCCAGUUUGUUAAAAGAAAAUUAAAGAAAAAGCAAACA